AUGUCGGGGCUCCCGGUGGUGCUAUGCGUGGCGGAGAAGCCCUCGCUGGCGGCGUCUAUCGCGGGCUUCCUAUCCGAAGGGAAGCACCGCUCGCGGCGCGGUGGUCAGGAGGUGCACGAGUUCGAGCGCGACUUCAACGGCGCGCGAUGCCACUUCAAGGUGACCGCGGUCAUAGGCCACGUGCUGUCCAUCGACUUCCCAGCCAAGUUUCAGUCUUGGGACCUGGAUCCCGCCAUCUUGUUCGACGCGCCGGUACAGAAGAAGGAGGCGACUCCCAAGGCCCGGGUCGUGGAGCACCUCGAACGGGAGGCGAAGGGCGCGUCGCAUCUCAUCCUCUGGCUCGACUGCGACAGGGAGGGGGAGAACAUAUGCUUCGAGGUGAUCGACGCGUGCGCGCCGGUGAUGCGUCCGAACCGGGGGGAUACGUUCGUACACAGAGCCAAAUUCAGCGCGGUGUCGAAGGAGUCCAUCGAACGCGCCAUGAGAACGCUGGGCGCGCCCAACCGCGCCGAGGCGCUCGCCGUCGACGCCAGGCAGGAGCUCGACCUCAAGGUUGGCGUGGCGUUUACCAGGUUCCAAACCAGGUUCUUCCAGGGGCGGUACUCGCACCUGGACGCUAGCGUCAUCUCGUACGGCCCGUGCCAGACCCCGACGUUGAACUUCGCCGUGCAGAGGCAUCUGGAGAUUGUCUCGCACACGCCGGAGGAUUUCUGGAGCCUGCACGUGGAGGUUCGGUCGACGUCGUUGGGCAAGACGCUCGUGACGCGGUGGGAGCGUGAAAGGGUGUUUGACGGCGACGUCGGAGAGAUGUUUCGGUCCAUGGUCGCGGGGGAUCGACACGCGUUGGUCGAAUCGGUGGAGGAAACGGAGGAGUUCAAGCGAAGGCCUCCGGGGCUGAACACGGUGGACCUCCUCAAAGCCGCGAGCGCGGGGAUGGGCAUGGGAGCGCACAGGGCGAUGCAGGUGGCGGAGAGGUUGUACAUCCAGGGGUUUAUAUCCUACCCACGCACCGAGUCCACCGCGUAUCCGCCCGGGUUCGACCUGAAGGGCACGCUAAAGGCGCAGCGGGGCCACCCGGACUGGGGCGAGUGGGUGGAGGAGCUUCUCGCGGGGUCCAUGACCAAACCGCGGGGUGGCAAGGACGAGGGCGACCACCCGCCCAUCACGCCCGUGCGUUCGGCGACAGAAAGCGCGGUGGGCGGUGGGGAGGCGUGGAGGCUGUACGACUUCGUCGCGAGGCACUUCAUCGCGUCCGUGUCUCCCGACUGCGCUUACGUGUCGCGCCGGGCCACGCUGGUGGCGGGCGGCGAACGGUUCCGCGUGAGUGGCCAGACCGUGAUCGCGCCGGGGUGGACCACGGUGAUGCCGCACAGGGCCGUCGAGGACGACCCACUGGGAGAGAUCGAACGAGGCGAGUCGCUGCCGAUCGCGACGGUGGAGUUGCGGCAGGGCGCCACCUCGCCCCCGCCGUACCUGUCCGAGGCUGAGCUCAUCGGAUUGAUGGAGCGCAACGGCAUCGGCACGGACGCGUCCAUACCCACGCACAUAAACAACAUCGAGAGCAGGAAGUACGUCACGAUCCAGAGCCAGGGCGGGCGAAGGGUGGUGCCCACGGAUCUCGGGGUAACGCUGGUGCAGGGGUAUCACCGCAUAGACCCCGAGCUGGCGCUUCCGGCGGUGAGGUCGCACGUGGAGAAGCAGCUCGACAUGAUCGCCACCGGCAAGGCGGACCACGAGUCCAUCGUGCGUCACACCCUCGCGCAGUUCGCCGCCAAGUUCAGAAACUUCGUCGAUCAGAUCGAGCGUAUGGAUACCCUGUUCGAGGCGAGCUUCGACCCGACGUGUAGCAGCGGCAAGCCAUUCAGCAAGUGUGGUCGGUGCCUCCGAUACAUGCGCCUGGUGAGCACCCGGCCGCAGCGACUGUACUGCCCCACACAAGAGGAAGUUCUCGAGCUCCCAGCAGGGACGGUGAAGCUGUACAAUAACAGGGAGUGCCAGCUGUGCGGCUUCGAGCUUCUUCUCUACCAGAACGGCGACAGGACAUACCCAAUGUGCCCGUGGUGUUUUAACCACCCGCCGUUUGUGGGGGGAAGCAGGCCAACGAAGGGGCUGGUGUCGGGAGCGCCGCAUCCCCGCGCACAUCCCAUCGUGGACGCCCUCGUGGUGUGCCCGUGCCCAGAGUGUGGCGAGGACGAUAAGCUGAAGGGCCGGGAAGGGGGUUGGCUCAUGCUCGAGCCAGUGGGCGGUCCCAGGUGGAAAUUUGUGUGCACCGGCUGCGCGCUGGUCGUCAAGCUCAACGACAGCGUUCACAGAGUGACGGUGGACAAAUUAGACGUGUGCGGGGCGUGUGGCGCGAGGUGUCCCACGGUGAUUUACCACAAGGACAGGACCCCACUUGCGGGUGGCGAAACGGCUCACGUGGCGUGCCUCGCGUGCGACGACCUGCUAAACUCUUCCAUAGAACUGGCGCGAGGAAGGGGUGCGGCGAGGGGUGGUGGUCGAGGCGGUCGAGGGGGACGGGGACGGGGACGCGGGCGCAAGCCUCCGAGCGACCACGACCAGAAGAUGAGCUUCAAAGACUUUUAG